UUGCUUGCAGGGGAAGUUGAUUCGAGCCGGAGAACAAAAAAAAAAAAAGGGAGGAGGAGAAGAGAACGAAGGAACUCCUCCAAUCCAAGCAGACCUCGCAUCGGACCAGAUCCGCCGGCGACGAUGGGGCAGGGCACGCCAGGCGGCAUGGGCAAGCAGGGCGGCGGCGCCCCGGGCGACCGCAACAAGCCGGGCGGCGACGGGGACAAGAAGGACCGCAAGUUCGAGCCCCCCGCGGCGCCGUCCCGCGUCGGCCGCAAGCAGCGGCGGCAGAAGGGGCCCGAGGCCGCCGCGCGGCUCCCGCACGUGGCGCCGCUUUCCAAGUGCCGCCUCCGCCUCCUCAAGCUGGAGCGGGUCAAGGACUACCUGCUCAUGGAGGAGGAGUUCGUGGCCGCGCAGGAGCGGCUCCGCCCCACCGAGGAGAAGACGGAGGAGGACCGGUCCAAGGUCGACGACCUCCGUGGCACCCCCAUGAGCGUCGGCUCCCUCGAGGAGAUCAUCGACGAGAGCCACGCCAUCGUCUCCUCCUCCGUCGGACCCGAGUACUACGUGGGCAUACUCUCUUUCGUCGAUAAGGACCAGCUCGAGCCCGGCUGCUCCAUCCUCAUGCACAACAAGGUUCUCUCCGUGGUUGGGAUUUUGCAAGACGAAGUUGAUCCUAUGGUAUCUGUGAUGAAAGUUGAGAAAGCUCCCCUGGAAUCAUAUGCAGACAUCGGUGGGUUAGAUGCUCAGAUUCAAGAAAUUAAAGAGGCAGUUGAGCUUCCUCUGACCCAUCCUGAGCUAUAUGAAGACAUUGGAAUCAGGCCACCCAAGGGUGUCAUAUUGUAUGGAGAACCUGGAACGGGGAAAACUCUACUUGCCAAGGCUGUUGCUAACUCCACCUCUGCAACUUUCUUGCGUGUUGUUGGAAGUGAACUUAUUCAGAAGUACCUUGGUGACGGUCCCAAACUAGUCAGAGAACUGUUUAGGGUCGCAGAUGAGCUUUCUCCCUCGAUAGUCUUCAUCGACGAGAUCGAUGCAGUUGGAACAAAGAGGUAUGAUGCUCAUUCAGGAGGGGAGCGCGAGAUUCAGAGAACUAUGUUGGAGCUGCUGAACCAGCUAGAUGGUUUUGACUCUCGUGGAGAUGUUAAAGUUAUUCUAGCAACAAAUCGCAUUGAAAGUCUUGAUCCAGCCUUGCUUCGCCCUGGCCGAAUAGACCGAAAGAUAGAGUUUCCUCUCCCAGACAUCAAAACUAGACGGCGCAUCUUCCAGAUACACACAGCUAAGAUGACUUUAUCAGAUGAUGUGAACCUGGAAGAGUUUGUCAUGACUAAGGAUGAGUUCUCUGGUGCUGAUAUCAAAGCAAUAUGCACCGAAUCUGGAUUGCUUGCUUUGAGAGAGCGUAGAAUGAAGGUGAUGCACGCGGACUUCAAGAAGGCAAAGGAGAAGGUCAUGUUCAAGAAGAAGGAAGGUGUGCCGGAGGGGCUUUACAUGUGAUAGGUUGUGCACCGGUCUUCAUUGCCAAAAUAAUAUUGUAGCGCUAUUACAUACUGGUCAUCAUCAUGGGACAACUGGUGCCCCUGUCUGGGAAAAUUAGGCGUAAAUUUGUUUGUAACUCUGUUUUCCUUGAAUGGUCGGAUAAGCGAAUAGUAUUGUGUACUCCGUGUUACCCUCCGUGGAUGCAUUUCUUCUGAAACUCCUGAAUCGUGAGCUUAAAGUGCAA